AUCAUACAGUAAAAAUAAAAACGCCAAUCACAACCUUAAUUGUUAUUGAAAAAAAAAAAACAAAACUAGUUAAUAAUGCAACACACUUUAAGGCGCUGCCUAACCAUGGCAACCAUGGGCACAACACCAAGGAUGCGCUGCUUUGCAACGCUGCCGCACGCUCCCGAACAGAACAAGAAUCAGACCAGCCGCAAUCAGUUGCCGCGUCUGAUGGACUUCCCAGAAAUUAUCUGGCCAUCGGCUUUAAAUACAAUUAAAAAUUGGAUAACCGUACAGUUUAUAAUACGUCCCUAUUUCGAUAGUGAAUUUCAAAUUAAGGAUUUCAUAUUUGGCGCCAAGCAGGCGCUGCAGGUGGUAUCCGCACGGCUGGUGGGCGGCGAUCUGAACAAGCUGCAGGAUCUGGUCACGCCGGAUGCCAUUGCCGAACUGAAGCCCGUUGUCCAGAAACUGUCGAUGACGCAGCGCAAGCAGCUGGAGAUCAACGAGAGCGACAUCUAUUUGUCAUUUCCCUACCAGAUCGGUAUCAUGUUCGACGAUGCCAAUGACAAGCUGCAAAAGCGCUGGGUCGAGAUCACAAUGGUCUUCCAUGUGAUGCGCGGCCUGACCGAGAUGCGCGAACGCGGCGAGGAGAUACCCUGGAAUAUGGGCACGCUGCCCGAGUAUCAGGAUCGGGUCUUCAUAUGUAAUUAUCGUUUUAAAAAGGAGUUCACCGCCGGACAACAAUCCGACUGGACGAUCAAUGUGGCCAAUCACUUCAGGGCCAUUGAUCUGAUCAACGAAUCCAAAUAACAACAAGUCCAAAGUCGUACUCUAUAUAAACAGAAAAAAAAAGCCCCCAACCAAUUAUAUCCAUUCAAUAUGAUACCCGCAGCAGUUUGCCUAUACAUUUUUGGAUACAUUUUGGAAUAAAAUUUGCGUUGCAAGUGUUUUAGGUAUGAAAACAACAAACAAUUUAA